CUAGUAUACGAGGUAUAAUAGCCGAUGAAGAGGUGGGCUCGUAUCCAGUUUGCUUCGCGCCAGCGGUUCAUACGGACGUGAGCCGUACUAAUUCGAAUUUCGAACCAUUGCGUCGUUUGUGUUGUGCAAAGGAAGUGAUUUUUUUUUAAAGUUGGAAUCACAUCAUGGACGACUAAUUCGAACAUCGAGUGUCAUUAAAUAUAAAUAGUAUUAUAAUAAGACUGAUAGUGUAAAAAAAUAGUGAAAUUAAGAUGGAGUUCAAGACGCAUCUUCUAACUACAAUAACAUUAGUAAUAUUCGCGGCCUUAUACAGCGAUGGUGCGAGAGACGCGUCCUGUCCUCGUAUUUGCGGGCCGGCGCUGCAAGGCGAGCCGGUUUGCGCUACCGACGGCUACAUCUACCCCUCCCUCUGUGAAAUGAGGAAGAAGACUUGUGGCAAAGGCGUAAGACUGGCCCAAGAUCAAGGCUCGUGCUCCAGAGCGCAAGGUUCAAAAUGCGACCAUCGCUGUACGGGUGAGAGGGACCCGGUGUGCGGAACCAAUGGGAGGACGUAUCUAAAUAGAUGCAUGCUGCAGGUUGAAAUAUGCAGAGUCGGCAUCGGUCUCUCCCACUUGGGAGCAUGCAACAACAUCAGCGCACACCGAGAGAACUGCCCCGUGGACUGCUCACAGGCGCCUCUGGACGGACCUAUUUGUGGGUCUGAUGGCAACGUAUACAAGAGCACGUGUCAGAUGAAGCUGCUUACUUGCGGACAAGGUGUGGUGAAGACAAACAAGAAACACUGUCAAACGACGCGCCACUGCCGCGAGUCCUGUUGGAGAGCCUCCAGACCGACCUGCGGAUCUGACGGCAAGCUGUAUGCAAACGCGUGCAGAAUGAAGGCUACUAACUGCGGUAAACAUGUCUUCGAAGUACCGAUGGCGUUUUGCGUAUCACAAGAGAGGACAUCUGGUGGUGAUUCGUGUCCCACAGACUGUUCCGGACAGAGGGAGAAAUUGGUCUGCGGCUCCGAUGAGAACAUUUACAGAAAUGAGUGUGAAAUGAAAAUGCUGAACUGCGGAGCAAGCAACAGAAAGAUAGUAAAGAAGGUAGAUAUGGAGAAAUGCAAGGGAAAGAUGAGCAAGUGUCUGAAAGUGAAGUGUCCGUCCGAGGUCGACCCUGUGUGUGGCACAGACGCUACCGUUUACACCAACCCUUGUCUGCUGAAAGUUGCUACUUGCCUUAAAGGAGUCCAGCUGGCUCACUUCGGUAAUUGCACAUUGCUGCCGCGUAUGGAAACUGAUUGCUUGGACAACUGUGACAACGCUGUCGAACAACCUGUUUGUGGAUCCGACGGCAAUGUUUACAAAUCUGAAUGCGAACUUCGUAAGCUGACUUGCGGACAACACGUGGUAUCCGUAGCGGCGGCUCACUGCAGGACGACCGCGCUGUGCCACGAGGAGUGUCCAGACACACCGGCCUUCGUGUGUGGUUCGGACAACCGGUUUUACAAGAACGAGUGCAUCAUGAAGAAGGAGAACUGCGGGAAGCACGUAUUCGUGGUGCCACUGAAGCGUUGCCUGGCACGCUUCCAGUACUCGGGCUGUGCGCGCGUGUGCCCGCCCGAGUACGACCCUGUGUGCGGCACGGACGAUAAGACUUACUCAAACAAAUGCUUCUUGGAAAUGGAAAACUGUCGUUCAAGGAGUCUCGUCCAACUAAAACACCUGGGAACAUGCACUGAACCUAUCGCCGAGGAGCCGAAGAACUAUCUUUACCGAUAGAUUUAGAACAUAUAUAACUAGUUUUAAAUAGUUAAAGUCAUAUCAACGUAUUUCGCUUUCACAUAUCGAUGCAUUUUGGACGUAGAGUCCUAUAAAUUAGUGCCAACAUUAAGUAAAAUAUAGGCUAACUUUAUUGUAGAGACCAACACUAAAACGUCUUCCAUUUUCGAUUUAUAUCAGUGACUUGUUUUAAUUGUAAGUACAAAUUCAAGAUGGCGUCGAAUAUGACGUCACGAAAUGGUGUCUCAAUCGGAUAAUAAGAAAAGUGAUAUUAAUAGAUAUGUGAGGAAUUGAGUAGGUUGAUUGAAGUAGUAAAAUUUUCCAAUGCUUUAUUUAUUUUUCUAUUUUUUAUGGAUUGUUUAGAAACUUUUAAAUUUAAGAAUAAAAAUAAAUGUCAUCUUCACUCGGAAAAAUAAGACAUGGUGGCAACCAUAGAUGUAAAAAAAAAGUCCAGACACCAUCUCCUGAACUAAAUCCUCCUGAAUAAAAAGUGACGCUUCAUAAUAUGCCGACAAGCACAAAGAUGCAAAUUUAGAUAGAUUUGCUAUAUCUGAUUGUUUGACAGUGAGGUACCGUCUGCCUAAUUUAUAAAGUCUAUGGUGGCAGCAAAAAGCGAUACGCUGCCUUUCCAGAUAAAACAUAUUUACCAGAAAAGAAAUUAAUUAAAAUGGGAUAUUUCCCCAUUCUUCGAUGGUUGGUUACAAACUUGAAUUACAUGGAAUGACAAACAUCGCAACGGUCGUAUUGCAAACAGUUAAUCGGGUUUUGCCACCUUUUUGGGAGAGUUUUAGUUGUUUCGUAUAGUAAAGUUAAGAGAACUAAUAAUAGAUUAAUAACUAGCAUAUUACUCGUUCAACAAAUAAUACCUAUUCCCACUAAUGUAGUUUAGAAGUUAAAUCAUUUCUUUUGUCACUCAAUACAUUUAUAAUUUGUGACGCGAAAAGUUGAUGUCAUAUCGAAAAUGUUGAUACGCGAUUUAGAAAUUAAUUAUUUUAGUCCGCCCUUGCAUUUAUGAAAAUUUAAUUUACGAUUAGGUUUAGUUAGGUACCAACCUAAGUUUUGACUGUUUAUUUAUUUCUAUUUAUUGUCUAAAAUAGUUAGGAACGUGUAAAUAAAAGUUAGUGGUUCAUUUCGUCUAAAGACAAAAAAUAUUUACGUAUCCACUUGUUUCAUACUUACUUUUGGGCUUUGCCUACAGGUAUUUCUAGUUAUACUUUUAACUUGACUUAUUAACACGGUGUUAUGAACGACCCCAGAUAAAAUAUUGUUAUGAGUCGUAUUUUAAAAAAAAAAAAUUGUAUACAAACUUUCAAGCCGUAGUUAACACUUAUGCCAGUUGUUUUUUAAAUUGUGCAGCAAUAUUAUUUGCUAUAAUUUGAUAGCUAAUGUAUUUAAUAAGACAUUUCAGUGGAUUUUCUCAUAAUAUAGGUUAUAAUAAUAACAAAACUUGAUGCGUAAAUACAUAAUACUCUUUGUAUACGUUUAAACGAACCAUAAAAAUAAAAUAAAUUUUAAAACAUU